UUUGAGAAUUGUGAAUAGGGUUUUUGUUUUGGUUUCUUUGUUUCAGAAACCCUAGCCCCCAAAUUCAACAUAUUGAAGCAUCGAUCUCCAACAUUUCGAGUUUCGCUUUCAGAUUCUGAAAUCAUCAGUCAGUAAAUGUUAGAGAUAAUUUUGCAGGAGUUAUGGCUAUGAAUCACAUCAAAUCAUUGAGGGGUAUCAUGAUUACUAAGGAGGCGUUUAGAAUAGUGGAUCAGCGAACAUUUGCUACUAGCACUAGCAAAGCAAAAAAGGGUGGAAAAGGGGGAGCAGCAGCCGAUGCUCCAAAAGCAUCAUCUCUGAGCAAAGAAGUUAAGUCUACCACUGUAGUUGGUGCCAAUAUUCUUAAGGAUGGAGCAGAUCCCAAGGUCUUGCCUGACUCUGAAUACCCCGAUUGGUUGUGGCACCUGCUCGAUAAACGUACUGCACUGAGUGAAUUAAAAAGGAAAAAUGUUAGAACUCUCUCCUAUGAAGAGCUCAAACGCUUUGUCAAGCUAAACAACCGUGCUAAAAUCAAGGAAAAUAAUUCUGUUAAGGCCAAAAAUUGACAUAAAGAAAUCUGUAAGAGGCAUUGUCUUGACUCUUUGUUCAGUACAAUUUAUCGUUUUUGUCUAGGAUCCUUAAUGUUAUUGAGUUGCAUUCAUGAAAUGGAAUUCGAGGAAAUGCAGAAAUGUUUUAGUAUCUAUCUGCAGCUCCAGGUUCUGUUUUUAUUUAUUAUUUUCUUGUUUUACUUUAAGUUUCUACUUUCUGUCUAGAACAUUGUAUGCUGUUUCAAAUAGUAUAAUAUUGGGGCUUGUGGCGAUAAAGGUUUUGAUUUGCUGA